UAUUCUAUGGAAAUGCGGAUACGUUUGCACUACCGAAAACCCGUUCACAAGAGGCAGGAAGUUUUCCAACACUGCCAACACUGCCUUAAUCCUACUUCGUCCUGUGAGUGUCAACCCGAGUACCGAAUACCAUAACGGGCUUCGCCAGCUGCCGAAAUUGUUCAAGUGGAGAGUGACUUCAGCGUGGGGCUCCAUACUCCAUCGAAAUUUGCAGCUAAAACGAGCUUUAGCGCUGGCAGUGAGUGGACGCGGAAUGAGGUGCAUUCGUGGCUGCAAAAGUUGCUUCUGUGAAGGAACAUUUGUGUCAUUAUCUAACAACGAGUUUCAUUAAUGGUUGGACAAAAACUGUAGUUUAAGUGAUCAGCUUCGCCCGACAGCCCAACGGUGGCAAUUGAUAGAAGAAAACUGUGACUAGUGUAAUGAACAAGGACAGUGUUACUUGUCUGUUUUGAGAGAAGUGAUCUCUCUCUCUCUUUCAGAAUUGAUUUUGGACUAGCAACCAGAAAAUUUGCGCUCGUCCUGUGAAAAAGGGACGCGAAAUUUGGCCAACUUUAAGCUAGACAAUAGUGAAUAUAUUACGGUGGCAAAUUUGCGUUGCGUAUUAGCUUUCGUACCGAAUUAAUAUGGCAGAAAGUGUAUCCUAUCACAAUAAUGGACAGUAUGACAACCUCAGAACUUCCCUGCCGGUUCCCAUGUUCUCACGCAAUGACUUCAACAUUUGGUCAGUGUUGAAAAACUGCAUCGGAAAGGAGUUAAGCAAAAUCACAAUGCCAGUGGUAUUCAACGAGCCGUUGAGCUUCCUUCAGCGGAUGACCGAAUAUAUGGAAUAUGCCAAACUGUUGCGAGUAGCUUCCGAGCAACCAGAUCCCAUCGAACGACUGAAGCAUGUUUCUGCGUUCGCUGUCUCGGCGCUGGCAUCGAACUGGGAGCGGCUUGGUAAACCCUUCAACCCGCUGCUGGGUGAAACAUACGAACUCAUGCGACCAGAGUUCAGAAUUAUCUGCGAGCAGGUAUCUCAUCACCCACCAAUCUCGGCUUUCCAUGCGGACUCGGAUAGUUUCACGUUCCAUGGGACGAUUCAUCCGAAGCUCAAGUUUUGGGGUAAGAGCGUGGAGAUCCAGCCGAAGGGUAUCGUGACGGUCGAGUUUCCGAAGCUGGGCGAAGCGUACUCGUGGAGUAACGUGAACUGUUGCGUACACAAUAUCAUCGUGGGUAAGCUGUGGAUCGAACAGUACGGCGUGAUGGAAGUUAUUAGCCAUAAGCAUGGCCUCAAAUCGACGCUCAAUUUCAAACCCGCCGGUGUGGGCAACAAAGAUUUACAUCGGGUCGAGGGAUUCAUAUCGGAUAGGAACAAGCGCAAAACACAUUUCCUGUAUGGAAAAUGGACAGAGUUUAUUAAAUGUACAGACCACGCAUCGUACGAGGAGUACUGCAGGGAAAAUGGUUACAAGUUCAAACGGGGCGAUGAACGAAGUAAAAGUCCCAAUGAAUCACCUGGAACAACCCCUCGAAAAGUUCUGUCGAAGCUGAACAGUCUCAAAAUGAGUUCUUUCAGAAGCUUGUCGAUGUCAGAGCCCGACGAUCCGCCAGAACCAGCGGAAGGUGAUAUACCGAAGAGUGAUUCGUCCUACUCGAUCGACAUUCCGAACUCGGUAACUCUGUGGGAAGCCGAGGCUCGUCCUGACAACACCGCAGAAUACUAUCAGUUCACGAAGUUCGCUAUGACACUCAAUCAGAUGGAGGAACACAUGAAACAGCCGCAUAAACUGUGUCCAACGGAUUCUCGCCUGAGACCGGACAUUCGAAAGCUUGAGCAGGGUGAUCUGGACGGUGCAGCACAGGAGAAGACACGCCUCGAAGAGAAGCAGCGGGACAAUCGGAAGAAAUGUAAAAAAGCGGAGGAUACUAUUUUUCCAAGGUGGUUCAAACAGUGCGUGAAUCCUCACACAAAGCAGGACGACUGGAUCUACCAAGGCGGCUACUGGGAACGUAAUGAUGACUCGCUGGAGCUGGACAUAUUUUAAGCGACGCUUGACCAUUCUUCCGCUUCCGCAUUUGACCAUCUUCCGCUCGCCAGCCAAUCACCGUAAUGUUGAACAAUCUCUCACCUAAAUACAGAUCGACAGUGUAGCUACUCAUAUAACUGUGCAUAUUUUAGCAACAUCCCAUAGUGAAAAAUUGCUCUGCAAAUUUUAGGCCCCACGCAAACUUUCUUUCGUACCGACCAACACUUACAGUUUUCCACGAACAGUGAAAGUGAAGGGUGUCAAUGAAUCGAGAUCUUCUUAUUGUCAAGGAGCUUAGCUGUACGCUUAGUUGAAGUUGUGGAUUGUAUCAUUAUAAUGAAAGUUAAUGUUUUAGAAAGGCCAUACAUCGUUAGCGCUUAUCCAACCGUUGUAGUUCCCGAAAUUGAUGCAAAUGAAAUGAAUUUCGAGAGUUGAGUUCAAGAUAGCAAUAAUAAAGACAAUUAUUACAAGAGACAAAUAAUUCCCAUACUUUUAAUUCUUCUGGUUUGAUAUAAGAAGCAUAAGAACCCUAGAAUUUAUAAAACAUUGAUUACAUCAUACAAACAUUCCAAUAGGUGAAUGAAAUUCAUAUUCGACAAUACGAAUCCAUCAGAAAUUAAAACUAUUGGGACAAAAAAAAACAGAAUUCCUGAUCCGAUAAUAAAUAGAAGUUUGUAGGGUUAGUAACAACAUGUGUAACCAAACUGAUAUGUAAUCUGUCGAGUUUCUCGCAUCAUCUUCUAGAGAAAGAAAAAUCACAUCACUUGAUUUCAUGUCAAUUAUGGUACAAUAAUAAGUUUGAAAAUGGCGUAUUUUAAAUUAAUGAGUACAAUAUUGGUUUCAAGUGCUCGUACCGUUAGUGAAGGUAAUCUGAAUUCAUAUUCGUUAGGUUUAGAGGCGCCAGCAGUGAAUGUGCUUUUAAAAAGUAGAACCAAUCGACUCGGCGUCAUCCGACGGGUCAAAGGGUGAUUGUCGGUUGCAUUCAUGUAAUUAGGUCCUCGUAUACCGAAAUAGUCGUUCGUCUUUAACCGCAGGGAAAAGACAACCGAAAUAACAAGUCAGUAGAGUGCAUAUUGUUCAAUAUUGUUGAUAUAUAACUGUACCAAACAAAACCCAUCAUAUAACAACAGGACACAUUAGAGGAAUAAUCAAUAAUGGAAAACUAACAUGUAUAAUAUAGAUGUGAAAUUGAUUGAAAAUCAGCCCAUAGA